GAGGAGGAGGAGGAGAAGGAAGACACUGUUCUUUGCCGGCUGCAUAAUGGUUGCCGCAGCCAGCUGGUUAUUCAGAGACGGUUUCAUUACCGAAACAUCCCAUUCACCUUUGUGCUAUCCGUAUAGAUUUACACACUCGCUCCCCUAAAAACCAUCCUUAUCACAUCGGGGUACCUCUCUCGACCUGAACAGCUCCGUUUCUUACUUCGUCUCAUCUUACGCCCGAAAGCCCCCCCUCCUCCCAAUUAAGAAACGACUCGUGCUGCCUUGCGACGUUCUACGCUGUGGAGAAGGAAAGAAGAGAGCGGGUGAGAAGAAGAGGGGGGAAAGCCGCUUCCACAGCUGGUCGAACAUGGCUCCCCGACCGAGCAAUCCUAGGCAAUCCGUUGCGUCGCACAGAUCGACAUUAUCGCUGUCAAAGACCGAAGUCACCAUCCACGUCUACGAUCUGCUUCCUCCCGGACGAUUAUCAUCCGUUCUCUGGACGGUCGGAGCCUCGCUUCUUCACUCGGGCGUCGUGAUCAAUGGCAGAGAGUACGCAUACGGCGGACACGAGCGACGCGGAGUGACAGGAGUCUACUGGACGAAGCCCAAGACCGAGCCGCCUGGCGGCACCUUCAAAUCCGAGAUCCUCCACGGCUUCACGUUUGCGACCCAGGCCGAGAUCGAUGCGAUACUAGAAGAAGCCUCCAGGGAAUUCCUCGGCACUUCCUACAACCUUUUGACCAAGAACUGCAACCACUUCACCUCGUACCUAUGCAAGAAGCUGACCGGACGCCCCGGACCCGGCUGGCUGAACCGUGCGGCAAGCAUCGGCGUCGCUUUGCCAUGCGUCGUCCCCCGCGACUGGAUCGACCCGCCCGAGUACGAGACGGCUGACGGCGCCCUCUUGGAGGAGGACGACGACCAUGCACACGAAGGCUCUAGGAUGCUGAAGCAGUCGCCGCCCAGAUUUCUUGCCGAGAGCGUAAAGGGCCAAGCCGCCAAUGCUGACUGGGACAGCGAGGAGGAGCGCCGCCGCGGUGGCAACGGCAAGGGCAAGAAGGCCGUGAGGGAUACGGCAGGGCGCGAUCUGCCUGCUGCGGAGAGGGCCCCUGCUCCCAAGUAGGGCCAUAGUCGCCAACGAUGAUACGAUCCAUGCGGCAUAUUCGGGGUUACAGGACUGGCGUUUUGCUUGGGGGUUUGAACGGCAUAUAGGACUUGAUACCAGAGGGGGGAGGGGGUUGGACAUCUACAUCCCAACGCAAACACCUGAAUGCAAAGAAAACUGCUC